GCUUGUUUCGUUGUUAGGAGAUCUAAAACACCUGCUUGUUUCGUUGUUAGGAGAUCUAAAACACCUGCUUGUUUCGUUGUUAGGUUUUAUUCGCAUUCUUUAUCAUUUUUUUAAAAUCCACUCGAGUUUAAUUUCAGUACAAACCACAAGCAAAUAAGAAAAAUAGAAAAUGCGCAAAAGGUUUUUACGUCAAAUAAAAGAAAUCACAAAGAAAGCACAUCAGAGUAAAAAGGUGAAAAAAAAUAGAAAAUAAAAAAGCAAUUUUAAUACACUCUGAAAGUCACAUUUUUAAGUGAAUGAUUCGUGAGAGAUACAUACAUCACUUUUCUAAGUUGAAAUAAGUUAUUGAGUAAACGGGUCCACAACAAUAUUUCCUUGGACAUCGAGACUAUGGAGACUGCGAAAAAAAUUGUUGCCCUGUACCACCACACACUACACAAAACCACAAUUAAAAAGCAAGUACGAAGAAAGCGGUUGAGAUUAUAUUCUACAGAUACUGCUCGCACAGUUUGAUUGAAAAUAAGCAUUUUUUAAGAGCAAUCAACUCGAAUUAAAAAUUAAUGUUUUUACAUAAUUCACCAAUUCAUGUUUCAGCAAGAUUUUUUUUUCUAAUUCAGAUUUCAUGAAUUCACCAAAAGUAUUAGUAUUUCAAAGGAGACACUCUAGAGAAGAAGUUCUCGAAACCAAGCACAAAAAAUUACCGUGAAAAUGCGUUUAAAAUGUUUGAUUAUAUGGAUAGCGGUUGUCGUUCUUUACACCAUCAUAUCGGUUUAUUUAUUUCAAAGUUACUCAAAAACGAACAAGAAGUACAAGAUUCUCCCUCCACCACAGAAGUUAAUAUUACUCGUAUCACAACCACGCUCAGGUUCAACCUACUUAAGUAAUAUCAUAAGCAAAGCUUUCAAGUCGAUAUUUUUCUACGAACCUCUGUAUCAAAUAGAUCGGCUGUUGCGUGUCGAUAGUAAUUUUGUGUCGGAAGAAAGACGUGGCGACUACGACACGGCGUCGACAACUUACCUGCAAAACAUUUUUAAAUGUCAAUUCCACGAAAAGAAAGAGUGGAUGCAAAUACUCGCAUCGCCGUUCCACUACCAUAAUAAACUAAAAGGGGGAGAGUGUUCGCAAAAUGAUGUUUUGAAGAAGAGAAACAACAUGAAAGCUGUAUGGAGAGAGGGGUAUCGAUUAGACAGAUGCAUGCCAUAUUUCAAUCCGAAACAUUUGCAGGACGAUUGCCAAAAAUUUAAUCUCAUGGUGAAACUACUAGAAACAAGAAUACCAAAUGUGAAUGUUAAAAAGUUAGAAAGUUUUAUCGAUAAAAGAACAGGGUACAAGAUUAUAUAUUUGAUUAGAGAUCCAAGAGCAGCAUUUUGGUCGCUUUUAAAGACAGGUUGGUUAACAACAAGCGCAAAAUCAAGCACCUUCCGAAAAUAUGUUCAGUUAAGAUGCAACGAAAUGUAUAAAAACAUUUUGGCUGUUAAAAAAGCAAAGCACUAUGUUAUUGUUAGAUUUGAAGAUAUCAUGACAAAGCCUGAACACGCAUUAACAGACAUAUACGAAUUUGUGGACGAUGAAGUUGCUCAACGAAUCUAUGCUCAGUUACGACUUAAUUACUGUUAUGUUCCACAGUUUAACAACUGGUACAACAAGACAUUGAGUAGAUUAAAAAGAUCGGCUGACAACGAAGAACUUGAUGCCAAUGAAAAAACUGGCGGAUUUGCAGCGCCAGAAGAGGAACACACAAGUAUGAAGGAGAACACUGAAGACGGCGACGUUACUGAUGAAGAUAUAGAUGAAAAGCAUAAAAAAAAUUACGAAUGUUUUUCCAUCAACAAAUGGAGAUAUGCUGUAAGCAAAGAUUUUGUGAAGUUUAUAGAAGAAAAAUGCAGCAAAGUGAUGGUAUUGAUGGGAUACAGAGAAGUGAGGGACAGACAUGAGCUGAUUAAAAAUAUUAAAGAACCACUCGUUGUUGAGCCCAUGUUAUGACGGCUUGUGACAUUGUUUCGAAUAAUUAUUUUAAUCUACUUACAAACUUAUAUUGGAAUAAUCUUGAGAAUUCAUCUCUCACCUAAAAUAGAUAAAAAAAUGAUAACACUUUUAUAUUUUGGAGUAUGUUCAAUCUAUAAGUCGUUAUCAUUAUGCAGUGCCAAUUCUCAUAAAAACGACCGGAAUAAACGAGGCAAUAGAUUUCUUGCUGCGCUCAAACAAAAGGUUAACAGGGUUUAAACAAGCUUUUUAUGACUACAAUUUGUUCGACGAACUGAAUGAAGUGUAUGUUUCUCUAAAAAAUUGUAAUCAUUGCAAAUGUGCGGUGAAAAGCUCUUUAAAAACGACCGGAAUAAACGAGACAAUAGAUGUGUUGUUGCGCUUAAGUUAAAGUUAACAGGGUUUUAACAAGCUUUUUAUGACUACAAUUUGUUCGACGAACUGUAUGAAGUGUAUGUUUCUCUAAAAAAUUGUAAUCAUUGCAAAUGUGCGGUGAAAAGCUCUUUAAAAACGACCGGAAUAAACGAGACAAUAGAUGUGUUGUUGCGCUUAAGUUAAAGUUAACAGGGUUUUAACAAGCUUUUUAUGACUACAAUUUGUUCGACGAACUGUAUGAAGUGUAUGUUUCUCUAAAAAAUUGUAAUCAUUGCAAAUGUGCGGUGAAAACCUUCUAAAAACGACUGGAAUAAACAAGGCAAUAUAUAUGUUACCUCCUUUAACACUUACCCUUUAACAAAGGUUUACACCAAGAGGUUUUUAAUGACUACGAUUUGUUAGAAGAACUGUGUGUUUGGUUAACUGAGCAUAUAAACAUAUAGAUGUAUUUAGAAAACAAAUUCUUCCUUCAGGAUUUUGUAUAAAUCAAAACA